AUGACGGAUGAUUCUACUGCAGAACGAAAUGCUUUGAGAACCAUUUUUCCAAAUGCUCGAUUAAUAUUGUGCGCAUUUCAUGUAUGUCAAGCCUUUUGGCGUUGGCUUUGCGUUACGGAUCACAAGGUUGACAUAAUGAAAAGACAGUCAAUCAUGAUGAGAUUUAGAAAUAUUCUUUUUGUAACUGAUCCAGAAGAAGCAGUAAAAUUGUAUGAGGGAUUGACAAUGGACGAGUAUAUUAAGACGAUGCCAGAUCUGUUAAAUCAUCUCAGUAACUUAUUGGAACAGCGACUAGAAUGGUGUAUCUCUUCUGGUAGGGUGGAUUUACUUACGCGAGGAAACAAUACUAACAACAUAACAGAAGCAUCUAUACGCAUUCUUAAAGACGUGAUACUCCAGCGCUGUAAAGCAUUUAAUGCUUGCGCAUUGGUAGAUUUCAUCACCUCCAUUUUUGAGAACUAUUUUCAGCGCCGCAUCAUUUCUUACGCUAACACGCGAAAAACCAAGGAUUCCAUAUAUGCAAUGUUCAUGAAAACUGCUCGAAAUAUUAAAAAUAUUUCUAAAGUCAACGAUAAUGAGUACAGUGUAGAAUCAGAGACAAAUUCAAAUACUUUUUACACUGUCAGAGACGAUUUAGCUGUUUGCGACUGUGAUGCUGAAAAAUGUGGAAGAUUUUGCAAGCACCUAUGUACUAUUGAGCAAAAAUCUGGGGUUAUAUUUCCGAAUUCUCCUCGGCUGUCUAUUCAUGAUAGAAUAUUACUAGCAAGAAUUGCGAUGGGGAUUAGAUAA